UCUCUAUCCCUUGUCUAUCUACAACUAGGCUUCUCUGUCUCUCUAUAUAUAUCCGUCAGAACCCAGAAAACGACUAUUAUUAUGUUGUGAAUUGUCGAUUAGAGAAGCCUUGUGGGUGAAUGUUUGCAGUUCCUCCAUUAACGAUCUUUGACUGCAGGAAAGAGGGGUAUCAAUUAACAAGCAUUUGUUCAAUAGAUUGGUUCUAAUGAUGUCUGAUGGUUACUAUUACACUUCGAAGAAGAGUGAUGAUAUUUGCCCAGAUGUUUGUGGACAGCAGGAUUCACCCACUACAUUAAGCAUGUCAAGACUACGGUGUAUGCUUCGAGGAUUAGAUUUGAAGGCUCUCAUUUUUUUGGUUGUGUUUGUGCCAAUGUUCAUAGUUGGUGCAUACUUGCAUGGCCAGAAAAUUACUUACUUCCUCCGUCCUCUCUGGCAAUCUCCUCCGAAGCCCUUUAUUGAAAUUACUCAUUACUACCAUGAGAAUGUACCAAUGGAGGAUAUUUGUAAGCUACAUGGAUGGGGAAUUCGUGAAUAUCCUAGGCGUGUCUUUGAUGCUGUUCUCUUCAGUAAUGAAGUCGAUAUGCUUAAAAUCAGAUGGAAGGAGUUGUAUCCUUACAUCACUCAGAUUGUGCUUCUUGAGUCAAACUCAACAUUUACGGGUUUGGCUAAACUCCACAAUUUUGCACUUAAUAGGGACCAAUUUAAGUUCAUUGAGCCUCGCUUGGCAUAUGGAAACAUUGCCGGAAGAGAUAAAAAAGGUGAAAAUCCAUUUGUUGAAGAGGCAUAUCAGAGAGUAGCAUUGGACCAACUUCUGAAACUUGCUGGUAUUGAGGAUGAUGAUUUGCUCAUUAUGUCCGACGUAGAUGAGAUUCCUAGCGCUCGUACUAUUAAUCUUUUGAGGUGGUGCGAUGACAUUCCUCAUGUCCUUCACCUUCAUCUGAAGAAUUACCUGUACUCAUUUGAAUUUCAGAUUAAGCACAGAAGCUGGAGAGCUUCAGUCCACAGGUAUCAGAGUGGUAAGACUAGAUAUGCACACUAUCGUCAGAGUGAUUACAUUUUGGCGGAUGCAGGUUGGCAUUGUAGCUUUUGUUUCCGCCACAUUAGUGAUUUUAUAUUCAAGAUGAAAGCUUACAGCCACAGUGAUAGAGUGAGGUUUUCACAUUAUCUGAACCCUACAAGGAUUCAGGAUGUCAUUUGUAAAGGAGCUGAUUUAUAUGACAUGCUUCCUGAGGAGUACACGUUCAAGGAUAUUAUCGGCAACAUGGGGCCUAUCCCCCAUUCGUACUCAGCAAUUGAUCUUCCUUCUUAUCUGUUUGAAAAUCCAGACAAGUACAAAUAUCUUUUGCCCGGGAAUUGCAAAAGAGAAAAUGGCUAGGUCUUACGACAGUUGGCAACGUCUUCUCAACAAAGGAGGUGCUCAGGGGCAGGUUUUUGGUUGCACCUUGAGGGGCUCUAUUGCUUUAAUCGGAUAAGUGGUAACUGUGGUGUAGCAGUAUUAAAUACGGUUAUACCUUGUGUGCAGAAAUGUUGAGGUAAUCCUGGGAGGGAUUUUUUUGUGAGAGAGCGGUAAAUUCAUUCGCCAUAGUGAAGAUUCAAUUUAGGGGAGGAGGACAUGAAGCUUUGGGUAAAUUCAUUAUUGUUUCCAUCUGUAUUGCAUUACCCUGAGAUUAUACAACUUUUUUGAAUGAUAAUAGUCAGACAUUUUUUUUUAAUGGAUUUUAUGUUCUUUCUCUUCUCUUGAAGAGUAAUUUAAUUCUCAUAUUUACUAUAAA